UAACAACAAGUAAUAACCUUAGAGCUGGAGGUUCUGAUAUUGGGAUGUUGUGUCAGCUGCACAAGUAUAAAGGUAUCCAGAGAUAUGCAUGCAUUAUCAGGAUUGACGGAUGGACGGUCAUGUUUUAUGGAGAUGCCAUUUAGCAGUGCAGUAGACAGGCAAUGGAAGGAACAACUUUGAGGGAAUAAUAUGACAAGGUUGGGAAGGUCUAUCUAAGGAGCUGGGCUGGCUACACUUUGUAUUCCCUCUGCAAUAAACAAUUACAUGAAAGGUUUCCCACGUGACUCGUACUAUGUUAAGCUUUUCAGGAGUCUAUCUAUCUCGUCAGCUGUUUGUAACAUUUCCUUGUAUACUUAAUAUAUCAAACAGGCUCAAGCUCAAGCUCAAGCUCAAGCUCAAGCUCACUCUCCUCCACCGAUGUUCUCUUUAUCUCACAUGCACACCCCAUCAUCUCUCUGUAUCAUGUCAUGUGCAAACGUCUCGCAUCUCACAAUUCGUUGCCUCAGUCCUGCAGGUAUUCAAACAGUCAACUGAUUCACACAACCAGCUCAACGGAACCCUCAUGCACCCAAUAUCGACCCCACCGCUGCCAAUAGCAUUAUCGUGGGUCAGUCAGCACGUUUCCGACGCUGCAUCUUCCAUGAUGGCUGCAUCCAAGACAUGCCUCGCCCUCGCCCUCGCCCACCGAGUCUUCACCGCUCGAAUGGCGGACGGCGGAGUAACAGCACUAUCAGAUGGCACUUGCAAUUGCACUUGCACCCAGGGCAUUAGGGAGAGGCCAUUACUCACAUUCACUCAUUCACGGGAGUCAUAAUCACCAAUCAACAUAUUGACGCCCCUCUGGAAAGAUGCGUCAUCCUCAGUGGGAUGCGUUUGUUACCCGGACAGGUCCCCUUCGAUGAGUCUAUUCCCCUAUUCUCCUAUUGGGACAAAUGAUCUGUCUGUCGUUGCUGGGCAUGCCAUUUACUGCUCCCCGGAUUUCACCCCACUCAUCGAUGCAG